AUGUUUGUUCCCUCUUAUAAUAACUUGCAAAUUUGGUCAUGUUUACUUGAAAGCAUUGAGAAAGAACAAAGGAUGGAGACAACUAGUAAUGAAAGUGAAGAGGAUGUUAGCAAUGCAAGUGAAAAGGAUGUUAGCGAUGCAAAUGUAGAGGUUGUUCGACUCGAGGAUGUUGUACUCUCAUGGACCUACGAGGAUGUUUUGAACGAAAAUCUUUACAAAGACAAGGUUCAUAAGAUUCCAGAGACGUUUAAGUCUGCCACAGAAUACAAGAACUCUUUUGUACCUCUAUUGUUUGAGGAAACACACACUGAUUUAUCUUCAAGCUUGUUUGCUGUCUCUCAAGCUCCUUUUUGUGAGAUCAAUAAUGUCCAAAAAACUGCACAAUGGAAACUUUCCAUUCCAAAAGAUCAAAAUCAAUUCAUACAGUUCCAUCAUGACAUACGGCUAAAGAGUACAACUGAAUCUGAUGAAGUUGAAGACGUUGGAAAUUAUAAACCUGUGUCAGGGGAUCUCAUUGCUUUCACACACAUUAGGCCUAAAAGCUUAAAUGACUUGAACACACUCCAAAGCCCCUACCGUAUCGCCUAUGUUAAGAAGGCAAUCAAGGCAGGGAAUGGGAUUCCUGAUAGAAUCUCAGUACUGUCAUGCAAAUGCAUGAAGAUGGAUAUCAAAGAUGACUUGCAGAACAACAAGGAGCGAUCAUCCAAAUGCAUGAAUAUGGAUAUUGAAGAUGACUUGUGGAACAACAGAGAGUUGAAACUGUAUGCAGUUUACCUUAUGAACAUGACAACAAAUAGUGGAGAAAACUGUCAACUUUGCCCGCCUGAACCAGAUAGUCAAUCUUCUCUCAUCCAAGAAGAUGUGAUAAUCCGUUCUCAGAAUCUAAAUGAAUCUCAAGAAGACGCUGUUUCAAGCUGUGUUAGUAUGAUGAAUUGCAAUCAUGCUGAUAUCAAACUUAUAUGGGGACCACCAGGGACAGGGAAAACUAAGACAGUUGCAUGCUUGUUAUUUUCUCUACUCAAGUUACAAACCAGAACAUUGACUUGUGCUCCAACUAAUACUGCAAUUUUGCAGGUGGCAAGUCGGUUGAAUAGGUUAGUUAUGGAUUCACUUGAGCAUGAUACAUAUAGUUUGGGUGACAUUGUGCUAUUUGGCAAUGGCAAGAGGAUGAAUUUUAGUUCUCAUCAAGGCCUUGUCAAAUUCUUUCUUGAUUACCAUGUAGAGAAUCUCAUGGAAUGCUUUGAUCCAAAUACCGGAUGGAAGACUAACUUGCUAUCAAUGAUACAGUUGCUCAAGUCCAUGGAGAAAUCUGCUAACAAAAAAGAGAGUAGUGAAGUAUUUGAAUACAAGCAAAAAUUUGUUCAACAAAAAGAGAAGCUCGAGUUCUUGAUGCAAACUUUAUACACACACAUGCCAACAUCUCUCAUUUCACUGGAAAUGGUGAAAAAAAUGCUUCAGGCUUUUGAUUUGCUAAAGUCUCUUGGAAUUUCCAUCGGGCAAGCCAAAUUUAAGAAAAGAGAUGAAAGCAUUCCUGCUUACUUUCAACUGCUAUACGUCAAAAGAGAUGAGUGCCUUAGCAUACUAAGUUCGCUUUCUAAAACAGUUUCCCUUCCUUAUUUUGAAACUGACAGGAGAGGUGGGAUCAAGAGAGUUCAAGUGGAAAAAUUUUGCUUGUCGUAUGCUUGUCUAGUUUUGUGCACUGUAUCAAGCUCAAUUAAACUAAUUCAUGCAUCAUGGUUGAAACCAGUGCAAUUUUUGGUAGUCGAUGAAGCCGCACAGCUAAAAGAAUGUGAAUUAGCAAUUCCAUUACAGCUGCACGGUCUCCGCCGCUGCAUCCUAAUUGGAGAUGAGAGACAACUUCCUGCAUUAGUAAAAAGCAAGAUUGCUGAUCAGUGUGAGUUUGGACGAAGUAUGUUUGAAAGGCUUGUAAUGCUGGGAUACGAAAGGAAAAUGCUAAAUGUUCAGUAUAGAAUGCAUCCUUCCAUUAGCUUGUUCCCAUGCAAAGAGUUCUAUGAUGGAAAGCUAUGUGAUGCUCCCGUUGUCGGGGAAGAAAGCUAUAAUAAGCUUUUCCUUGAAGGAGAAAUGUAUUCUUCUUAUUCUUUUAUUAACAUAGCCAAGGGUAAAGAGCAAUUUGGACAUGGACAAAGUCUGAAGAACAUGGUUGAGGUUGCUGUUAUUUCUGAGAUAAUUAAAAGCCUUUAUGAAGUGUUCAUGAAGACAAGGAAGAAAGUUAGCAUAGGAAUCGUAUCUCCAUAUAAUGCUCAAGUUUAUGAAAUUCAGGAGGAAAUUGAGCAGUACACUAAGGUUGCUAAUUCUAAGUUCUCUGUAAAUGUUCGUUCUGUUGAUGGUUUUCAAGGUGGUGAGGAAGACAUUAUAAUAAUAUCUACUGUGAGAUCUAAUGGACGAAGAACAAAUGUGGCUCUGACUAGGGCUAGAUACUGUCUUUGGAUAUUAGGAAAUGCAUCUACUCUAAUCAACAGUGGCUCUGUAUGGAGAAAUGUUGUUAUUGAUGCUAAGAAAAGGGAUUGUUUCCACAAUGUUGAAGAGGACAAAAAAUUGUCCCAAGCUAUUAAGGAUGUCUUGCCUCAGCUUCGACAACUUGAAGAAUUUGAGUCGCCAUUGAAGAAACGGCGUUUAGGAGGGAAAUUUUGA